AUGCAGAUCCUCACAUCCCAGUCGGCAGCCGACGCCCUGGAGCAGGGUCAGGAGUACCUGCCGGACCGGUCAGUGAGCGACACGGACGACCCUGACUUGGGGGCGGCCGCCCUGGAAGAAGACGACUCCACGGGUGGCGGUGGCGGAGCAGGCGGCUCCGGAGGAGGAGGCGGCCUCAAUGAAUGGCCAGACGACGACGAGGAGGAGAUCGAGCCGCGACGCCCGCCAGUCGCCGACAAGGCGGGCGCGAGCUCCUCAGCUGCGCCGUCUGGGCCAGGCGGCACACCAAAGCGCCGAGCCGGCUCGCUGUUGUUCGGCAGCCGGCCGAAGAAGCCCAAGAGCUCGGCCGUUGCGACCAGGCGGGAGGAGGCCGCCGCGAAGGCGGCCCAGUUCCAGAAGGCCCCAAAGCAACCGCCGAUGGUGUCUGCGGUCCCGCUCUCUCUUGAGCGGUCUGACUCCGCAUCUGUGUUCGGGACGGUGGAGGGCUCCACCAACACCCGCCGCGUAGACCCGCUCGCUGACCUCCGGGAGGCGACGGAAAAGAACGCGCGGGAGGCGCGCGAGGAGCGGGAGGAGGCGGAACGGCAGAGGGUGGCAGCGGCCAGGGCGGCGCAGGAGGAGGCGGACGCGGCGGCCAAGGCCCAGGCCGACACCGCGACUAAGGCCCAGGCGGACGCCGCGACCAAGGCCCAGGCGGACGCGGCCGCCAAGGCGCAAGCGGAAGAGGCUGCACGCGGCCGGACUCCAUGA